GAUGAGUCUGGCUUGCAAAAGGGUGUUGGGCAAAAAACUCGGGGUCUGGGGGGUGCAAAGAAGAAGAUUCAACACCAACAAAGGAGCGGUGAUUAUGAGAACAUUACUGUACUUGUGACGAUUUGUGGGGAUGGGAUGUCAAUAGCACCAGCUGUCAUUUAUAAGGGUGAAGGGUUCCACACAAAAUGGAAGCAGGACAAUCCUUUGAAUGCCUUGUAA